CACACUCGGUAUGGUUACAGCACUCUAGAACGCAGCUUCCCAAGAAUCCAGUACAAUUUUGGAGACGUCGCAGAAUGAAGGCAGUCUUAGUUGUAUUUCAUCUCCUGAUAUUAUGCGUCCUCCACGAUUGCGUCACGGGCUCCUAUGGAACAUGCACGGACAUUGACGGCUGGCCAUACGAGCUACCACCAGCCAGCUAUGGCAGAGAUAGCGACGGCUGUGCAAGGACUACAAAAAAAUCACACCAUGGUUCACCAGUAAGGAUUCAAGGGCAACUUGUAGUCAAAGCCUAUCUUAAGCACUGCAGCUACACGUGUGCAAUGCCCUAUCUUCCAAAAUCACAGAAGUGGCAAAAACGGAAUGAACCCGAGGGGGCGGACUGCGUGAGAGGGCCUUACAAGAAGUCCCAUAAGGAACGUGGAAUGAGUUAUGGCUACGGACACUGUCAUGGCGAGGAGUGUUAUUAAUAUCCAUAUGGAUUUCUUCAUUGAACUACUGGGACGGGUUCCACACAGUUUUCUCACUUCUGACCACGGUUUCUGGUAUCACGUGUUGAAGCACUCUUCCAAGCAAAUACACAUGCUCAUUAUAAGCAUAUCUAUGUUAUUAGGCAUGUACAUUCUGCUCUCUUCCCAAGCCAGCGUGGGCUCGUUACGCAGGAUGGCUGCCUCGUCUUGCACAGCAUAAAACACAACCAUCCACCAGCCACUAUACUCCAUGCUGUAGUUUCAUUCUCCUUUGCUCGACCACGAUGACAUGGCAAUAUGCCUACACGUAUGGUUUAAGAAAUUUACGGCGACAAAUAUGUGUGAGGAUCAGUCGUGGCAAGUGAAUAGUAACACAAUGACUUGAUGCAUGCUGUAAACAAAGCACCCAGAAGCUGAAGGCUGGGCACAGAAUAAAUACAUUCCAGCCUACAUGUGACAAUAGGUCACAUGGGACUCUUCAAACUGGCUAUCUACUUCCAUGUGAAGACGGACGCAAAGAAGCCGACCCACGUGGGACGGAACUACAGCUUCUCGUACAGCAUGGUAGCUACGUGUAAUGUUAACACAUUUCCGCAUUGCGGCCUUCAUGCACAGUCAUUGGUCGGUUAUUUGUUGGAACGAAAUAAAUCGCUGCUGGUGCUGUUGA